AUUGAAUAAAUAUAAAUAUUUAUUUUAAAUUUUAGAAAUUUUUUUACUGUAUAAGUCAGUUAGUGUUACAUAUUAAACUGUAACUUUAAAUCCAAUAUGGAUGCAGUAAAAAAAAAUAGAGAAAAACAUUCUACCAAAUACUUGAAUCUAAGUGAUUUUGAACGUCUUGAAAGCCAUGUUGAGUCUGAAGGCGAUCUGUUGAUUAAAAAAUUAUCUUUAAAACAAACUGAUAAACAUUUAACUCUAGAAAAGCACUUAAGUCAAGAGCGUAAUUUUAUUACCAGCCAUGAGUACAUUUCCAUUACCGAAAUUACCAAAGGAGAAAUUACAUUGCCAGAGUUUUGUACCAAAGUCAAUGAAGCAUCUUACAAUCAAUUAAAUUCUAAUUCUGACCAUAAACCUUCUUUAAAAGUUUCAGAUUGUUUGAGUCGUCAUGAACGGGAAUUAGCAUUAUGUGUCAAACCUAAUAGUACUGAAACUAAACUUUUAGCAUUUGCAUUAUCAUGUGAAGCUAAUGAAACUCUUAAACAAGAUGUCCAUCACAAAGAUCACCCAAUCAAUCAUCUUGUUCAAAUACAUGAUGAACAAUUUUCUCAUCUAGAAGCUUCACCUCUUAAAACUUCAAAAAUGAUUAGACGAAAACGAAAACAAUUACUCCAAUCUUAUAUAAAACCAAUUGAGAUAUCAGAAAAGCCAAUAAAACAUUAUACUAGACCUAAAUCUCUUUGGGAUUUAAAAGAAGAUGUACAAUCUCUGGCAAACUCUGGUUUAAAAUUGUAUACAUGCGAAGCAUCCAAGCGUACAGAGCAGUGCAUUGGUGUAUUAGAACUGAUAAAUGAAGAAAAUAAAAUUAAAAAUUUACCAAGCUCUAUUAAAAGUCAGCGCUUUGUUGCUAGUGGCACCCAAGUUCCAAUAAAUAAUUAUACUAAAAUUAAUGAAGAUCAAUUGAAAACUAUACCUUAUUUUCAAAACUAUCAGAAAGGAAUCCCAUCAAAAGUAUUAUAUGUGAAAAAUAUUGCCAAAAGUGUUUGUGAAAAACACUUGGUAUCUGUAUUUGGAAAAUACAAAGAAUUGCAAAAUGCAGACAUAGUUUAUAGAUAUAUGAAAAAGGGAAAAAUGAAAGGACAAGCUUUUAUUGAAUUUGAAAAAAUUGAAGUGGCAGAAAAAGCAUUAGAAGAAAACCUUGGACUUAUACUUGAAGAAAAACCAUUAAUUAUUCAAUUUGGGAAGAAAUGAUUAUUGUUGAUGAUUUAAGUUUGAUUAAAAUAUAUUUAAAUUUGCAAGUUCAAGUUCAUUUUGAAAAUAUGGCUCAAGGCCGUUCAUUAUUGGGCCCCGCUUAUGAAAACUACUGGGAAUUUUAAAUUUUGACCUUUCCAAUGCACCAAUUAGAUUCAUUUCCCCAUCGUUCAAGAUACUGAAGUUGAAAAUCUAAGCAUUAUUUUGACUACUUAUCGUGUACACAAACACAACAAAUAAAAAGUUGGAAAUUCCGUUAUAAACAUCAAGGGUGCCUUGUAUACAUUUUUGCUCCCCACCAAAAAUGAGUUCAACAUGCACUGGUUCUAAUACAGUGAUUGAAUUUGUGGGGAGGUGCUCUUCUACUACUUUUUUUUUGUAUACCCAACUUUUUUUUUACUUGGACAGGGGGACAGCACAAACUAAUGCCUUACAUAACUUUUAUUAAAAUAUUGAUUUAAAUUGUUGUCUGACUAAGAUAUAUUGUAUGACAUAUUGGAAAAAAUAGGGUGAAUAUAGACGCUCAUAAAAAUUUAAUUUAAGUUUCUUCUAGACAUUUUUUUUUUGAUAAAGGUAGACAAACUUAUGAGUAAUCUUAUAUUACAUUUUCAAAUCUUAGAUUUAAAAAGAAAAAUUUUUAUGAAUUCUCAAACCAAAAUUUGCUAUUUUUCGUGAUUUUUCCGUAUUUUGUCAAAAUUUGAACUUUAAAUGCUUGUAAAUAAAAACUGUGACUAAGGAUUUUUAAUUUUUUUCAUCUUCCUUUGAAACAAUAACCUAGGACCCUUCUAUUAAAUUUUCAAGCUUUUUUACUAAACAGAUAAAAUUUUAUUGAUAUUUAUAGAAAAAAAAACUAAAAAAAUUUGAAAACUGACAAUGGCCGUAAACAGCUCAAAAAGAGUCAAAAUAUUUUGUAAAUUUUAUGGUGUAUAGAAAAUGCUAAUAUAAACAUUCAGUCAAAAUUUCAUGUCCCUACGGCCAUUUGUUUUAGAGUUACACCAAAAACCAAAAUCGAUUUUCUCGAAAACAGAUUUUGCGUAAAAAUUCCCGUUUUUCCUUAAUUUUUCUUUUGUUUUUCACGUCGCUUGUGAAAACUACUGGGAAAUUUUUACUUUUGACCCCCCAAAGUACCAACUAGAUUCACUUUCCUAUCAGAAAAGUUACUAUUGAAGAAAAUCCAAGCACUUUUACUGUCCUAAAACGUGAUGACAGACACAAAAAUAAAAAAAAAAACACACAUCAUUGUAAAAUCAAUACAUUCAUCGCUUCGCUCAGAAUCUAAAAUUAAACCAUCUAUCCACCAGGAUUUUGAUAGAGACAGCUGCUUCUGUGGUUUUCAAGAUUAUCUGGAUGGGUUUUAACAAAUUCAAAGGAUGUCAAAAAUUGAUACAAUUUUUUUUUUUUAUUUGUAUAGUACAAACUAACAGUAUAAGUACUUAGUAAGUAUUCAAAUAAAUAUGAUUAUGUUUAAAAGUUAACAUAUUAUACAAUUUAUAAAAUAUUAAAAUAAAUAAAAUAGUCAUUGUUGUAAAUUGAU